UACAUUUCUUUAUUGACGCAAACUUGUUUUAAUUUCUUUGCUUCUUGGAAUUUUAUGCAAAAAAUGCAAUAAAAUGCGUCUUCGCGGUCGUAUUGCUUAUAAAUGCUUAAUUUUAACCUUUUUUGUACUGGUUUUCCUGUUAAUUUGCCUCGACUACUUUAUGCCCACUGGAAAACGGGAUCAAUUCUUAACGCAACUGCCACCGCUGGAGAAAGAUGUCUCUAAAGAGGAGACGACAAGUAAACAUAUAGAGUCUGACCCAAGUGCUAGUCGGUUAGUGAAUUUAACCAACUUUAAAUAUGAAAUUCCAAAUGAUGUGUGCCGCAAAUAUGACAAGGAUUUGCUAGCCAUAAUUAUUGUUACUUCAUACGCCGGACAUGAUGAAUUGCGUGCUGCACAUCGCUUAGCCGUACCGCAAGCCAAACUAGCCGAAAUGGGCAUGCAACGCAUCUUCUUAUUGGCUCAACUUCCACCUACAGAAAAAUUCAUCACACAAAAGCAAUUGCUGGACGAACAUCAGCGUUUUGGCGAUCUACUGCAAGGCAACUUUCAAGAAGCGUAUCGCAAUUUAAGUUAUAAACAUGUAAUGGGAUUACGAUGGGCAUCCACCGAUUGCAGCAGCGCGAAAUUUAUUAUAAAAGUAGACGAUGAUAUUAUUUACGAUGUUUUCCAUUUUCGCCGAUAUUUGGAGUCAUUAGAAGUGCAGAGAGCGGAUUUGGUUGCAUCCAGAGCAUACUUAGCUGGUUAUGUGCUGGAUGCACGUCCACCUGUGCGUAAUAACGCCAAUAAAUGGUAUGUUUCUGAGCAGGAAUGGUCUAGAUCAACAUAUCCUGCCUAUCUCUCUGGCUGGCUGUAUAUAACAAACCCGAAAACAGCUACACGCUUAGUGCAAGAAGCACAACAAACACCAUUUUUUUGGAUUGAUGACACUUGGGUCACUGGUAUUUUACGUGAGAAGCUGAAAAUAAAUGUGCAGCAUCUGAAUGCUUGGUACUCGGCGAAUGCCGAAUUUAUUGAUUGUUGUGUACGCGAUCUAAAACAGCCGAGUAGUUAUGAGUGUGAGUAUUUCGUGGGUCCAAAUGGAGGAGAUAACAAAUUGCUGGUGGAAUUUUUACACAAUGUCGAGAAGUGCUAUUUUGACGAAUGCACCAAGCGACCGCCGGAGAAAUCCUUGAAAAAGACUUGUGUCGCGAGUGCAAAGCAUCUCUUACCAGAUCAUGGUAGUGUACAUGUGAAGCAAGUGACUUUGAGGUGAUAAUGUGCUAAAGCAGCUACUUAGCUUGAAAUUUCAAGAAUUAACGUCCAUUUUUCAUAUUCUAGUUUAAUUUAAGGUAGUUUUUAUACAUAUUUUUAUGAAUGCAAUAACAGUAAUUUCAAAAAUCAAAUGCAAUAUCUGACAGUUUGUCUAUAAGCUAAUUCGAACAACUUAAUUUAUGUUCAAUCUUUUUAAAUAUACGUAUUUUUAGGUCUGCUGAUUUACAUUUUAUAAAAAUAAACAAUUUUUACCUCAUCUAAAAAU